AUAUUUCUACUUCCGGUACCGUUCGUGCGCCAUCUUUGACGACAAAUAGCCCAUAUCUAUGUUAUUUUGUUUUCAAAAAGUAUCGAAAAGUAUGAAAGAACACUAAAUCGUAUUAAAUAACCGAAGCAUAUGACUGGUUUUUACUGUAUCUAGCGUGUUAUAAUACAGUAAAACUCUUCGGGAAACAUUUUUGGCGAGAUGUCGCUUGUGGAUUUGGGAAAGCGUUUGUUGGAGGCCGCACGCAAAGGACAGGAUGAUGAAGUGAGGUCACUUAUGGCCAAUGGAGCUCCUUUUACUACAGACUGGCUGGGAACCUCACCACUUCAUUUAGCUGCACAAUACGGGCACUACUCCACCGCUGAAGUGCUUCUCCGUGCCGGAGUGAGUAGAGAUGCCCGCACUAAAGUCGAUCGAACCCCCCUCCACAUGGCUGCGGCAGAGGGCCACUCAAGCAUUGUUGAAUUGUUGGUCAAGAGUGGAGCAGACAUCAAUGCCAAAGACAUGCUGAAAAUGACCGCCCUGCACUGGGCUGCGGAACAUGGGCACAGGGGAGUCCUGGAGCUGUUGAUCAAAAACGGCGCUGAUACUCACGCCCUCAGCAAGUUUGACAAGACGCCUUUUAACAUUGCGGUGGACCGAGGAAACACUGAGCUGAUGCUAUUGUUACAGGAGGGAAUGCAGAACCAAGUGAACAUGAAUCCAGAGAGGACUAUCCUAAGCAGCACGUCUCCCGCCACCGCCAGCCCUCAGUUCAUCAUCUCCUCCUCUGGAGUGGUCAAUCUCUCUGAUAUUGUUCUCACUAAUGCUAAGACUAACACAGCAGGAGCUGCAGAGAGCGUGAUUGCUGCUGAUUCGGUAGAUUCUGCCAUCCAGCAUCUUGUAGCGGAAGAUGGCCAGAGAGUCAUCACCAUAGUAACCGACCAACAGGGAAACCUGCAGACUGGCAACUUGGGACAGAAAUUCUUUGUCACAAUGCAUGGGCAGCAAAUGGUUGCAGUGCCAGCGGGUCAGAUUGCAGAAGAAAUCAUAACAGAGGACACAAAACCAGUUCCAACACGGAAGCGGAAAUUUGAAUUAACCGUCAACCACGCAGAUGUAAAACACAAGGAGCCCACCGAGAAGAACAGUCGGGAACUACUGGAACGGCAACUAAAGGAAGCAAACAGAAAAGCCCAGGGGUACAGACAGCAGUUACUACGAAAGGAACAGGAAGCUGAGCAGUACAGGCUUAAACUAGAGGCCAUUGCAAACGGGCAAACCAAUGGCUCCAGCACAGAGCCCCAAGAGGAAGUGGUGCUCCAGGAAGAGGAAGAGGAGGAGGUGGUUGGCGAAGAGGAAGUUGUCAUGUUGCCAGAAGGGGCCAUCAUCAUUAAAGAGGAGCCCCUUGACUCAACGACAGGAGAAACAGUAACAUUAGUAGAAGCAGCAGAUAUCACAGCCACCUCCGAGGGCACGCCGUAGCAGUAAACCCAAAGACUCAAACACUCAGGAAUUACAUACUGUGUGUGCCUGGAGUGUGACAUUGUGUUUAUUUAUUGUAAAUCAUAACUUUUGUUUUUAUCCUUUUUUUUACACAUAGCAUUCAGUGUCUGUACAAACCUCUACAAAGAUGUAGCAUGAGUUAUAUUUAGGUGGCCACAAUGAUGCUGAGACCAGGCGUGUCUUUUUAACAUACAGCAGUGCAAGCUAUGGAAGAUUUAGUGAUAAUGCUUUUCAAUCAAGCCCCGUUAUGCACCUCGAAUGCAUACUAUACAGUUAGUAUGCACCAUAGUGUACUUAAAGUAACGUUCUGGGUUCAAUAUACAUCAUUUAUUUAUUUUUUUUAAAGUGCAAGUUGUGGUUAUAGUAAUGCACUUUCGAUAAAAAAUAAACUUGGACAGUGUUCUGGUGAAGCUGAUAUUUUUGUUAAAUCACCUGCAUUAAUGAAUCAGUAAGAAAUCUAUUAUUUGAGAUGCAAAAUCUGCCUUUUUAAUAGAUUUUCAGGGUCAGUGAAUUCUGAAAAUGUUGUGCAAAAAUUUCUGGGUUUACUAGCUGAAUGUUUCUUGCCUGGUUCAAUGUUGUGCCGUAUUAUAACCACGGUUUUUGUUUCUUUAAAAAAACAACAGCAACAACUGAAGGUCGUCAAAAUUGUAAUUGCAAAUGCUGUCAAUAGAGCUUAACUUGAACUUAGAACAUUCCUAAAAUAGUGACAUAAAAUUUAGAAUGAAGGUUAACAGUAUAUCAUAUAAA